UCCGAUUGCUAGAUUGACUAGAGUAGUUCACUCUCAACUCCUGCAUGCGUCGAGUGAUCAGCUGGCAAUCUCAUGGCCUAAUUUUUUUUUCACUGAAUUCUUCCUUUCCCGCUUAAACCAGCGAGGUCCAAUUAUCGAGUGCUCGUGAACUAGACGUCAGUGAUUUUUCAAAACUGACGCAAAGCACACGACUAAAAUUCAACUGUCACGAGCUCCAACAUGAGUUUACUCGAUGACGUGGAAAAACAGGUGGAUACAGUAGUUCAUCUGCGAAUCAAUCGACCCCUGUACGACCAGAAUUCCCUGAAUCAGGAAUUUUCGUAUGAAAAACCCAAGACAUCACUUAUCGAUAACAUUUCGACGACUCUGAAGCAACAGUCAUGUCACUCUUGUGCAACAUCAGUGCUACCCGUUAUAGAUUGGCUGAGGAAAUAUAAAUGGAGAGACGAUAUACUCUCGGAUAUUAUUUCUGGUAUUACAGUGGCGAUUAUGCACAUACCCCAGGGUAUGGCGUACGCACUUCUGGGAAAUCUACCACCAGUCGUUGGUAUCUACAUGGCUUUUUUUCCAGUGCUCGUUUAUUUCUUUUUUGGAACGUCCAGACACGUCUCGAUGGGAACCUUUGCCAUCGUUUGCCUAAUGACUGGCAAAGCAGUGGCUGCUUAUUCAACACCUCAAGAUACCCUGACUGACAAGGUCAAUGGUAAUGAAACAGUGCCAAUCUACACGCCACAACAGGUGGCAACUGCUGUGACAUUCACCGUUGGAAUAAUGCAGAUUAUGAUGUUCUUCUUACGGUUGGGAAUUAUUAGCACUUUACUCAGUGAAACACUCGUUAAUGGCUUCACAACUGGAGCUGCUAUUCACGUACUCAUGUCACAAAUUAAAGAUCUUUUAGGACUGACAUUACGGAGACGUAAAGUUGACCACUUUGAAAUGGUUUAUACGACAAUAGACACAGUGAGAGGCCUGAAAAAUCCAAAUUACGCAGCGAUUAUCGUAUCAGCUGUUGCCAUCGUAAUUAUGUGGUCGAAUAAUGAAUAUUUGAAGCCCUGGAUCAAGAAGAAGUGCAGUAUGCCACUGCCAAUCGAGUUAAUAGCAGUUGUGACCGGCUCAUUAAUAUCCAAUUAUUUCGACUUGUCCGGACGGUACAGCAUCAAGACUGUGGGUGAUAUCCCAAAGGGACUGCCAAAGCCCGAAAUCCCCACUUUCCAGUUGCUGCCGACUGUUGCUGUCGAUUGCAUUGCCAUCACCAUGGUCUCCUACACUAUAACGCUUUCAAUGGCCCUGAUAUUUGCUCAAAAACUCCAGUACGAUAUUGACUCGAAUCAAGAGCUAUUUGCAAUGGGUAUUAGCAAUGUAGUAGGAUCAUUCUUCCCCUGCAUGCCAGUGUCUGCAUCGCUCAGUCGAUCUCUGAUACAACAAACUGUAGGUGGAAAAACACAAAUAGCCAGUAUUGUUUCCUGUGCUCUCCUAUUAAUUAUUCUACUGUGGAUUGGCCCCUUUUUUGAAGCUUUGCCAAGAUGUGUGCUGGCGUCAAUAAUUGUGGUGGCUCUCAAGGGAAUGCUCCUUCAGGCUAAACAAUUGCCCAGGUUCUGGAGACUCAGCAAACUCGAUGGAAUGGUUUGGAUUGUCACUGUACUAACAGUUGUAUUGAUCGGAAUUGAUAUCGGUUUACUCGCUGGCCUCCUCACGUCUGUUGCCAGUAUUUUGCUACUCAGCAUAAAACCAUAUGCCUGUUUACUUGGACACGUGCCAAAUACUGAUUUAUAUCUGGAUUUGACUCGUUACAAGAGCAUUAUUGAACUCCAGGGAAUAAAGAUUUUCCACUACUGCGGGGGUUUGAAUUUCGCUAAUGCUAAUCACUUCAAGUCCCAGGUCUUCAGUUUGGUGGGGGUGAUACCUCAGAAGGUCCUGAAAAUUCGCGCAAAACGGGCGAAAAAUGGGCUGCAGGUGUAUCAGGAGCAGGAAGACCUGAAUUGCGUCAUAAUGGAUAUGAGUGCUCUGAGUUACGUCGAUCCCAGUGGUAUUAAAAUGUUACAUGCCAUUGCUGAUGAUUUUUCAACAGUUGACAUAGAAAUUUACAUCGCAGGAUGUUCUGCUCCUGUCUUUGAGAGUUUUGUGAGAUGUGAGAAAUUUUCAAAAGGCGAUCACAGCUUCAAAAUAUUCGCGACGAUUCAUGACGCGGUUACAUAUGCCUGUGAUAAGUUCAUAGUCAGAUGAUAUUACGAACUCAUAGGCUCAGUAAUUUCUUUUUUAUUGAUUAAUUGAUUAUUAAUUGAUCGUGAAAUGUAGAACAAUUAGCAUGACAAGAAGAUAAUUCCACGAGAAAAAUAGUAUUAUUAUUUAGUUCAUUGUUAUUACUUUAUGCCAGAGGAUUUCGAUGGGUAAGUGGAGGAACAGAUGAAUCAUUUAUUUUCGAUGAUAAUCUCCGGGUUUACUUCAUGCCUAUACCAAUCUUCUGGCCUCUCCACAAAUCGUGCAACGCAUGACAAUAAAUUCUCACACUCAAAACACUAACAGCAGAUCGGAUUAUUUUAUCACUCGUGAAAUCGCUGUCUGUGAUAUCGAGUGUUUUACAUUCGAGAUGACAAAUAGAUUCUCAAUAUAUUUCCAAAGAUGUCAGAAUCGUUGAAGUAUCCAAAGAUUUCACGUGUUACUUAACGAAUGCCGACAAUUGUCGAUGAAAAUUGUAUAAAAAAUUAUCAGAAUCUGUACUUAUGUAAUUUUUUAAUCGAUUUUUGAAUAAAAUAAUGAAAUAUUUUCAGAGUUAUCCUUGAGUUGCAAAAUCAAUUGUUGUGUGAAUAUUUUAUUGUCGUUUAUUAUUCAGUGGGAAUAAACGAGUAAAAAUAACGGAUUGUUUUGAGAGGUCAAUGUUUUCAGGUGGAGGUUUAAAUUCAAAAUGGCGAUGAGCCUUUGGACAUGAACAGAAUGAAAUUGUCACUCGGAGGCUCAGAGUCGGGGCUAACAGUUGCUUGUGAACAGCUGACUGACUAAAUCAAUCGUAAUCAAAAUAAUCCAGUGUUAAUAAUCGCUUAUGUCAACGAAAAUUUGGAAAGUCAAGGUGAUGAGCAUUUGUAAAUUACCGUGCAGCUUUCAUUAUUGGUGAUUGACUUGGUAAAUUCAUGCGAGGAAUUGAGAAAUAAAUCGUCUCUAAUCAGG